AUGGCAGUGCACCGACAAUUGACAGACAACUUAUUGACGUGCAGCAUCUGCAUGGACGUCUUUGAUGACCCCUGUACACUUGUGGUUUAUCACACAUUUUGUCGGAAGUGUGUCGUUAGCUACACUGAAACCAGACCAGAAGCCAUCAGUGCCAAGUCUCUCCUCUGUCCAUUCUGUAGAAAGAUGACCAAAGUAGCCAACUCAAACAGGCCAGUUGAAGAGUGGGCACAGGAGGUGAAACCCAGCUUUUUGAUUCAGGGUCUCUUGGAUUCAUUUAAUCCCAAGACAAAAGAUACCCCGAAGUGCAUCCUAUGUAGUGAUGAAGGAGCGGCACCUCCAGCUACUGCUUGGUGUGCUGACUGUGACACCAGUCUUUGUGAGGGAUGCCAGAAGGCUCACAGACGUAUUCCUGCCACUCGUCACCAUGACGUAUCUGACCUGUCCACAGAGGUCAAAAUCAACCAAAGACGCUAA